AUGACGAGAAAACACAUCGAUGAUGUUCAACCGGCAACAGUAAAAGAACAUUAUGAUUUAAUAUUAAAGGAAGAAAGCAUAAUUAAUCAUGAACCGCAUAAUAUAACACCCGAGGAUCUCCCAGAUUGGUACGACGAAAAGUUAUAUAAAAUAUAUCAAAGACUUUAUGCGAAAAACAUAAUGUCCUUCGUCAUUAAUGUCUUAGUAGGAAUUGUUGCAUUAUUUGCAGUUCCAUCGAUAUCAAAGGUGCUCUGGUAUAUAAAAAGAAGUCACACACCACAUUUAGCAUAUAAGAGAUAUUAUCGGACCAUAUUGUACAUACACCACUUGUAUUUAUCUGAUAUACAUAAUUCAAAUGAUAUAUAUUACAAAUUUAUAAACGCAAUACGCUCGAAACAUACGUUCAACUCCAAUAAAGCUAAGAAUGGUAAUUGUGGAGGAAUUUAUCAAAGGGACAUGGUUUUAACACAAGUCUGUGCAAUAGGAUACAUUUUUGUCAUGCCUGAGGUUUUCGGUUUACGCAUUAAACCAGAAGAAGAAAAGGCAAUGCUUCAUUUCUGGCGUGUAAUGGGACAUAUGCUAGAAAUUCCCGAUCGAAUAAAUGUAUGUCGCAAAAACGUUGCGGAGACACGAGAAUUGUUAGUGAUGUUAAUAGACAAAUUUUCCGAAUAUUUAAACAACCCGCAACCUGAGUACAACGAAUUAACAAACGCCUUGCUAGAUGGAUUGUGGUACGGCAAUAUAGGUAUAAAUAAGGAAGCUUUCCUGACGUUUACAUAUCAGCUCAGUAAUGUCAAACAUAAGAUAUCGCUGCGGUGGUAUAAUUGGAUAAUUCUGAAAUGUUAUAAACUCAUAUUCCGGCUGUUCCUUGUGCCAUACAUCGGACCGGUAAUGAAGAUUAUUUUCAAUAAGAUAAUUCUUAUCACUCUCUACCUCGCACAGAACUUACCCUUUAUCGCAUGGAUGUCAUUCGGAAGGAAAAAGUCUCAAUUAAUAUAGUAUCCUAAAUACAGCCAAUAAGAUUAAAAUGUCAUCAAUGACAGCCAGCAACAGACAAUUUGACAACAGAUUUGUUCGAAAUAUUGUGAUACGUACACAACGAAAUGUAUGCACAAUUUAUGCAGUGAAA